AAGGCUCCGGGCGGCGGGAGGUCCUGCCCAGCUGUUGGCGAGGAGUUUCCUGUUCCCCCCGCGGCGCCGGGUGAAGCGGAGUGAGUCACUCGCGCGCCCGGCCGGACUACACGCCCGCGCGCGCACACGCCCGGGACGGGACGGGACGGGACCGGGGCAGGAGCGGGCCUCCUGCGCUGCUCCCCUCGGCCGCCGGGGGCCUCCCCGCGCCUCGCCGGCCUCCAGCCCCCUCCUCCUCGCCGCUGCCCAGCCGGCGCCACAUCUGGCCCGCACAUCUGCCCGGCCGGCCCAGGCGCGGGGUCCCGGAGAGGGCGCGGCGCGGAGGCACAGCCAGGGGUCCGGGGAGGCGCUGGGGCUCCGGUCUAUGACGAUCGGCGGGGGGCUGCCAUGGGUCGGGGGCUGCUCCGGGGCCUGUGGCCGCUGCACAUCGUCCUGUGGACGCGCAUCGCCAGCACGAUCCCUCCGCACGUCCAGAAGUCGGUUAAUAAUGAUGUGAUGAUCACCGAAAACAAUGGUGCACUCAAGAUUCCACAAUUGUGUAAAUUCUGUGACGUGAGAUCUUCCACCUGUGACAACCAGAAAUUGUGCAGGAGCAAUUGCAGUAUCACAUCCAUCUGUGAGAAGCCCAACGAAGUCUGUGUAGCUGUCUGGAGGAAAAACGAUGAGAACAUAACACUAGAGACGGUCUGCCAUGACCCUGAGCUCCUCUACCAUGGAUUUGUUCUUGAGGACGCCACUUCUCCCACGUGUAUCAUGAAAGAGAAGAAAAUGGAUGGCGAGACUUUCUUCAUGUGUUCCUGUAACACGGAAGAGUGCAAUGACAACAUCAUCUUUUCAGAGGAAUAUUCCACCAGCAACCCUGACUUACUGUUAGUCAUAUUCCAAGUGACAGGCGUCAGCCUCCUGCCACCGCUGGUCAUCGCCAUCGCCGUUAUCAUCAUCUUCUACUGCUACCGUGUUCACCGGAAGCAGAAGCUGACCCCGUCCUGGGAGACCAGCAAGCCACGGAAGCUCAUGGACCUCAGCGAGCGCCUGGCCAUUAUUAUAGAAGAUGACCGCUCUGACAUCAGCUCCACAUGUGCCAACAACAUCAACCACAACACAGAGCUUCUGCCCAUCGAGCUGGACACCCUGGUGGGGAAAGGGCGCUUUGCCGAGGUCUACAAGGCCAAGCUGAAGCAGAAUACUUCAGAGCAGUUUGAGACCGUGGCUGUCAAGAUCUUCCCCUACGAGGAGUAUGCAUCCUGGAAGAUGGAGAAGGACAUCUUCUCAGACAUCAACCUGAAGCACGAGAACAUCCUCCAGUUCCUGACAGCCGAGGAGCGGAAGACAGAGUUGGGGAAGCAAUACUGGCUGAUCACUGCUUUCCAUGCCAAGGGCAACCUACAGGAGUAUCUCACGAGACACGUCAUUAGCUGGGAGGACCUGUGCAAACUGGGCAGCUCCCUGGCCAGGGGCAUAGCUCACCUGCACAGCGACCACACCCUGUGUGGGAGGCCCAAGAUGCCCAUCGUGCACAGGGACCUCAAGAGCUCCAAUAUCCUGGUGAAGAACGACCUGACCUGCUGCCUCUGUGACUUUGGGCUUUCCCUGCGUCUGGACCCCACUCUGUCUGUGGAUGACUUGGCCAACAGUGGGCAGGUGGGAACUGCAAGAUACAUGGCCCCGGAAGUCUUAGAGUCCAGGAUGAACUUGGAGAAUGUCGAGUCCUUCAAGCAGACGGACGUAUACUCCAUGGCUCUGGUGCUCUGGGAGAUGACGUCUCGCUGCAAUGCCGUGGGAGAAGUGAAAGAGUAUGAGCCUCCAUUUGGUUCCAAGGUGCGGGAGCAUCCCUGUGUCGAAAGCAUGAAGGACAAUGUGCUGAGAGAUCGGGGACGACCGGAAAUUCCCAGCUCCUGGCUCAGCCACCAGGGCAUCCAGAUGGUGUGUGAGACUCUGACCGAGUGCUGGGACCAUGACCCAGAAGCCCGGCUCACGGCCCAGUGUGUGGCCGAGCGCUUCAGCGAGCUGGAGCACCUGGACAGGCUCUCGGGGAGGAGCGGCUCUGAGGAGAAGAUUCCCGAAGAUGGCUCGCUGGGCACCACCAAAUAGCUCUUUCCAAGGCAGGCUGGGCGAAGUCCAAAGAACAGAGGCAGCGGAAGCUGCCCCUAAGCCGAUGGAUGCUUUCUGGAAAACCAGGGCUCACUUCCCUCCCUGUAAGCGACGGGACUGAGCAGAAAACAGCUGGCCCGGGUGGGUGACAUGAAGCAUUCUACGCCUCUGACGUUGUCAUAGGAUAAGCUGUGUUAGCAGUUCCUCAGGAAAUGAGAUUGACUUUUAUAAUUGCUAAUAACAUUUGCACUUUAUAAAUGCCUGUAAAUAAAUAUGGAAUAGCUAUGUUUUAUAUAUAUAUAAAUAUAUAUAUACAGCCAUACUCUGGAAAGAGAUAAAGAAAAAGAUAAGGUUUUCCCAG